AUGAAUAGGCGUGAUAGGGCCGAAAGGGGCCUGGCUAGGAGGCCCAGGAGGGCUCCGGGGUUCUUACCCAGUGACGAUGAGGAUGAAGAGGAUAGAGGCCCGCUGGAGGGGAUGGUUAGGAGGACAAGGAGACAGUACGAUGAGAGGAGGAUGAUGGAUGAUGCUGAGGGGGUGGAUGACACCAUCCCUCUGGAAGAUCUGGGAGAUAUCAAGGCUGACACGAUCGCGGAGUGGGUCAGCUUGCCCAACGUGGGCAAGGCAGUCACACAGCAGUUCCGUGCUUUCCUCACUGGCCACACCGAUGGUGGUAUGGAAAGUGUCUACGGCGCCAAGAUCACGCGUCUUGCUGAGCAAAAUCUGGAAUCUCUAGAAGUGUCCUUCAAGGAUCUGGCGGACUACAAGCCCAUUUUGGCGUACUUCCUCGCUAAUUGUCCCGCCCCUAUGCUGGCCUACUUUGAUGAAGUUGCCAUGCAAUCCGUACUUGCGUUCUACCCUGCGUACGAGCGGAUCCACGCCGAGCUCCACGUGCGGAUCACCGACCUGCCAACUUCCUGCACUCUGCGCGAUCUGAGGCAGAGCAACCUUAACUGCCUAGUGCGCGUCAGCGGUGUCGUAACCCGAAGGAGCGGCGUCUUCCCCCAGCUGAAAUAUGUCAAAUUUGACUGCAAGAAGUGUGGGGAGACGUUGGGUCCAUUCUAUCAGGACGCGAGCAAGGAGAUCAAGAUCAGCUACUGCCCGAACUGCGAGGGCAGGGGCCCGUUCACGAUCAAUACGGAGCAGACGGUAUACAGGAACUAUCAGAAGAUGACCCUCCAGGAGUCGCCUGGCUCGGUGCCUGCAGGUCGCUUGCCGCGGCACAGAGAGGUCAUCUUGCUUUGGGACCUCAUCGACUCUGCAAAGCCUGGGGAGGAGAUCGAAGUAACGGGUAUCUACCGUAACAACUUUGAUGCCUCGCUCAACGCCAGGAACGGAUUUCCCGUAUUUUCUACAGUUAUCGAGGCAAAUCAUAUCAACAAGAAGGAAGAUCUGUUCGCCGCUUUCCGUCUUACAGAGGAAGAUGAGCGCAAGAUCGUGCAGCUGUCGCGCGACCCCCGUAUCCGCAAGCGUAUCAUCAAGUCCAUUGCGCCCUCCAUCUUCGGACACGACGACAUCAAGGCCGCCAUCGCGCUGUCCCUUUUCAGUGGGGUACCCAAGGACGUCAAAGGCAAGCAUCGUAUUCGUGGAGACAUCAACGUGCUUCUGCUGGGUGACCCGGGUACCGCCAAGUCCCAGUUCCUCAAAUACGUGGAGAAGACCGCGUAUCGUGCGGUGUUCACCACCGGCCAGGGCGCUUCUGCAGUCGGUCUCACUGCAAGCGUACGCAAAGACCCAGCAACGCGAGAAUGGACACUUGAAGGCGGCGCCCUCGUGCUCGCUGAUAAGGGGGUGUGUCUGAUCGACGAGUUUGACAAGAUGAACGACUCGGACCGGACGUCUAUCCACGAGGCCAUGGAGCAGCAGUCGAUUUCCCUCUCCAAGGCGGGCAUUGUCACCACCCUCCAAGCCCGCUGCGCCAUCGUAGCUGCUGCGAACCCCAUUAGAGGGAGAUACAACCCUACCAUCCCUUUCCAGCAGAAUGUCGAGCUUACGGAACCGAUUAUUUCCCGAUUUGACGUGCUCUGCGUGGUUAAGGACACCGUCGAUCCGGUGAAGGAUGAGCUGCUCGCCAAAUUCGUUGUGGAUAGCCAUAUUAGGAGCCAUCCGACGUUCAAGGCCGCUGCGGCAGAAGACGAGAUGGACGGGGCUGACAAUGCCGGUAUCAUUCCCCAGGAUAUGCUGCGCAAGUACAUCAUGUAUGCCAAGGAGCGCGUCAAGCCCAAACUGCAGGAUAUGGACCAAGAGAAGCUCGCGCGUCUAUAUGCUGACCUACGUCGGGAGAGCGUCGCCACAGGCUCCAUGCCGAUCACAGUGCGGCACUUGGAGAGCUGUAUCCGCAUGGCCGAGGCGAGCGCGAAGAUGCAGCUGCGGGAGUAUGUCCGAGCGGACGAUAUCGAUUUGUCUAUCCAGGUUAGCGUGGGGAGCUUCGUAGAAUGCCAGAAGAUGAGCGUGAAGAAGACGCUUGAGCGGAUGUUCCGCAAAUACGUCCAUCGUGCCAGAGAUCAUGAAGAGCUCUUGCAUUUCCUGCUCGGGAACCUCAUCAAGGAGAAAGUCAGGAUCUACCAGGCAGCCCAUCAUACAGCUCCAACCAGCGUAUCAGUCAAGAUAUCCGAACUGGAGGACUCCGCACGCGAACACGAGAUAUACGACGUCCAGGCGUACCUGCACUCAGCGGUGUUCCGCGCGAACGGGUACGAGAUGGGCAAGAGCAGGGAGAAGAAUGGGACUGAGCACCCGGCGGUGGUGAAGCAUUUCGUAGAUCCGGAACAUAGAGAGCAAGGCCGGAGGGAGGGGAGUAGGGCCCCGUCUGAUGGGGAUUAUGUGUUUGUGGAGCAGGGCGCGCAAUAG